AUGAAGUUCGCAAAGGAGCUUGAGCGGGAGGCAGUUCCUGAGUGGCGAAUCAAGUAUCUCAACUACAAGGCUGGGAAAAAACACAUCAAAGCCAUCGCCUCGGCCAUUCAGAGAACCUCUGGCUCUACUCCCCGGACACGAAGCUCAAUUCGUCGCACGCCCACUUUUUUCUCAAUUGUAGAUCCACAGUCUCCCAAAUCCGGGGACCAAGUCGAUCCUCCUGCAAGCUCGAGAUGGCAUGGGGCUACGGACCAAGACUCGGUGAAGAUUGUGAAGCAGGCAGAAGAUGAGGCUUUGACCAGCCAUGGCAACGGCUUGCAGUAUGGCAGCUUCGUGCCAGCCCCUGCUACACACUCGCGGCCGUUGACUCGGGAUGGCCACCAGAACGACGACGACUUCGAGCUGCCGGCGCCCGCGAUGUAUACGACAUCAUCAUCUCCGGGCGUCGGACAGUCAUUCAGCCCCGUUAAAAAAUCUGCUCAUUUCAAUUUCCAUAGAUCAAAUUCGUCCGGCCCUCUAGGCUCUGAAACACUCCCGCCUCUGGCAUCGCCCAGCGCUCAUGAUGAGCCGCUUCGUCGCAUCUUUUCUGGCGUUAAAGACUCUGGCCGAAUAGCCGGGCUUGCGCGGCAAAGCCUUGAUCUUGUCCGAGAACGAGAGCAGCAGUUUUACGAAUUCAUGGAUUCAGAGCUGGAAAAGGUGGAGACUUUUUACAAGAAGAACGAGGACCGGGCUGGGCAUCGGUUGUUGAUGCUGCGAGAACAACUUCAUGAAAUGCGCAAUCGGCGUAUACAAGAAAUCGUCAACGAGGAGACCAGCCGAUCACUCUCCCGGCUGUCGAAUCAUGAAGGCAACCCCGAUAAGUCAAAUGGCUGGGUGCACCCUCUCAAGAGUAAGAUCUUCCCGCUAGGGCCAAACUCCAAAAGCUUCCAGAGCAUGCCCCAAACACCACAUCUGGCGGCUGGGGAAAGAUCACAUGGCCGGAUGGACUACGUGCGGCGGCCGGAAAACCAGGAGGUGGCCUAUCGAACAGCGAAGCGGAAACUGAAACUUGCAAUGCAAGAGUUCUAUCGCAGCUUGGAGCUUCUCAAAUCAUACGCCAUGCUUAACCGCACAGCCUUUCGAAAGCUCAACAAAAAAUUUGACAAAACCGUCAACGCUCGGCCUCCGAUGCGCUACAUGAAUGAAAAGGUUAACAAAGCUUGGUUCGUCAAUAGCGAUGUUCUGGAAGGCCACAUCAAGGCUGUUGAGGAUCUCUAUGCACGGUAUUUCGAGCGCGGAAACCAGAAGCUUGCGGUUGGCAAGCUGCGCAAACUACAUAGAAAACCCAAGGACGAGUCAGGGAGCUCAUUCCUCAACGGGUUCUUCAUUGGCACGGGUGCUGUUUUCACCAUACAGGGUCUCGUUUACGGUUCUCAGCUACUUUAUGACAACAACCCGACAAUUCGUAUUCAAACGAGCUACCUGUUGCAAAUAUAUGGCGGCUUUUUCCUCAUGCUCAUGCUCUUUUCCUUAUUCUGCAUCAACUGCAGCAUUUGGCUGCGGAACAAGGUCAAUUAUCAAUUCAUCUUUGAAUUUGACCAACGAAGUAUGCUCGAUUGGCGUCAAUUGGCAGAAUUCCCGUCUUUCUUCCUCCUACUUCUUGGGGUCACCAUGUGGGUAAACUUUAGCAGAUAUGGAGACGAUUCCAUGUACCUCUACUAUCCCGUUGUUUUGAUCGGCCUUAGCGUCCUCAUCAUUCUACUCCCCUUCCCCAUUCUUUCAUACAAGAGCCGCAGGUGGUUUGCAUAUUCGCAUUGGCGUCUCCUCUUGUCCGGGCUAUACCCUGUAGAAUUUCGUGAUUUCUUUCUUGGAGAUAUGUACUGCUCUUUGACCUAUUCGAUGGCGAAUGUGGAGCUAUUCUUUUGUUUGUAUGCCCACCACUGGGAGAAUCCCGGUCAAUGCAACUCGACCAGUUCUCGCUUGCUCGGCUUCUUCACAACUUUACCGGCAAUAUGGCGCUUUCUCCAGUGUAUUCGGCGGUACAGAGACACACGCAACGUCUUCCCACAUCUGGUAAAUUGUGGCAAAUAUACUGCGACGAUAUUAUCUUACGUUUGUCUAUCUCUCUAUCGCAUCCACCAAACUCAUUCAAAUCUUGCAUUGUUUGUCACAUUUUCAACCAUCAACGGUGUAUAUACUAGCAUCUGGGAUCUAUUUAUGGACUUUUCCCUCCUUCAGCCUCAGAGCAGGCACACUGCCCUUCGAGAUAUCCUGGCUCUGAAGCACCGCUGGGUCUAUUACUUUAUUAUGGCUGUCGACCCUAUACUACGAUUUGCAUGGAUAUUCUACGCCAUUUUUACUCACGACCUCCAACAUUCAACCACUGUAUCGUUCAUGGUCAGCUUCGCGGAAGUCUUCCGUCGAGGCAUAUGGUCUCUUCUCCGCGUGGAAAACGAGCAUUGCGCCAAUGUUGCCCAGUACAAGGCCUCGCGCGACGUUCCUCUACCUUACCGUAUUGAACCCCUAAUGGAGCGCGCCAGUACCGAGUCCAGCCCUACGAUACAACCUCAAGGACUGCCACCCCCGCCGCAGCCGCAGCCAGCAGAGCACCCCAGCUUCUACGACUCUGCAAGCUCCACCGCUGUUGCCGGGCCUCCCAGCGGCAGUCUUCUUCGGCGCCGCACCGAUCUUCCCUCACCUGGUAUUACUCGAAGCUUCUCUAGGGUGAUAGCUGAGGCGCAUAAGCAAGAUUUUGAAAAGAAGCGGAAGCCCAUCAAUGAGGUCAGCGAUGUGACUGCAGUAGGUGGCCAAAGCGACGAUUUCGAUGAUGACGAUGAUGAUGAUGACGACGACGACGCCGCUACUUUGCCAGAAUUACAGCACCGGGAUGGUGGAGAUGCCGCUUGA